AUGUUUGAGAGGAGAUCGGAAACUUUUUCUUUGCUUCUGAACAGACUCCGAGGGCUGCGGGGCGGGGGAGGGGGCCAGAGAUUGAGGAAGAAAAUGGCGAGUCGUGGGAGUUGCGUGGAGAAAGCGGCUUUCCUCUGCGCCUUCCUGCUGGCCAUUUGGAGCCUGGCGUCCUGCGCCCAAGCAGAGCCGGAGGAGGAAGGGCGAGACGACCAGCGGUCCUGUCACGGGGCCUUCGAUCUCUACUUCGUCCUGGAUAAGUCUGGAAGCGUCAGAAACCACUGGACAGAGAUCUACUCUUUUGUCGAGAGCCUGGCUGAGAAGUUUAUAAGUCCAAUGCUGCGCAUGUCCUUCAUUGUCUUUUCCUCGCGAGGCACUACGAUCAUGAAGCUAACAGAAGACAGGGAAGCCAUAAGACGGGGGCUUGAGAUUCUUCAGUCUGAAAUGCCUGGAGGAGAUACAUUCAUGCAUGAAGGAUUUAAAAGGGCAACUGAACAGAUUUACCAUGAAAACUAUGGAGGACUCCGGACAGCUAGUGUGAUUAUUGCUCUGACAGAUGGGGAGUUGCAAGAGGUUCAGUUUUAUUAUGCAGAAAAAGAAGCUGACAGAGCCAGAAGCCUCGGAGCUAUCGUUUAUUGUGUUGGAGUGAAAGACUUUAAUGAAACUCAGCUGUCUACAAUUGCUGACAGCAUUGAUCACGUUUUCCCGGUAACGGGCGGCUUUUAUGCUCUAAGAGGCACUAUUGAUUCGAUUCUGAAGAAAUCCUGUAUUGAGAUCCUGGCAGCUGAACCAUCCAGUGUCUGUGCAGGAGAAUCCUUUCAAGUUGUGGUAAGAGGAAACGGCUUUUAUCACGCAAGAAACAUCGAUCAAGUUCUCUGCAGCUUCAAGAUCAAUGACACCAUAACAAUCAAUGAAAAACCGACUAUUGUUCAAGACACCUAUUUGCUUUGCCCUGCACCAGUAAUAGAAGACAUUGGACAGGUGGUUUUCCUCCAAGUCAGCAUGAACAGCGGGCUAACGUUCAUCUCCAGCUCUGUCAGCAUCACCAGCACACAGUGUCUCAGUGGGACGAUCCUUUUCAUCGCACUCUUAAUUCUGUUCCUGUUGCUGGCCUUGGCGCUGCUUUGGUGGUUCUGGCCUUUGUGCUGCACGGUGGUCAUCAAGGAGCCUCCGCCACCGCCGCCCCCAGAGCCUGAAUCAGAUGAUGAAGAUGGAUUGCCAAAGAAAAAGUGGCCAACCGUGGACGCAUCUUAUUACGGAGGCAGAGGUGUUGGUGGAAUUAAGAGGAUGGAGGUGAGGUGGGGAGACAAAGGAUCAACGGAGGAAGGGGCCAAAUUAGAGAAGCCCAAAAACGCCGUCAUCAAAUUGCCAGAGCAGGAGUAUGAGCCGUGGGAGCCCAAGCCAAAGAAACACAACGUGAGGAAGCCACCUUCCCAGAGGAAGUGGUACACUCCAAUCAAGGGCAAACUUGAUGCGUUGUGGGCUCUGGUUCGACGAGGCUACGAUCAAGUCUCUCUUAUGAGACCACAGCCAGGGGAUAAGGGACGAUGCAUAAACUUCACCCGGGUGAAAUCAGAUGGAAGCACAACCCCAUACCACCCACCGCCGAAGCACGACGCCACCCCCCUCAACAACACUCCAAGAAGCACCUCGCCUUCGGCCUCUCUGCAGCCUCCUUCCAGGCAACCGCCUCCUGGACCACCCCCAUCCCGAGUGCCCCCGGGACCUCCUCCGGCGCGCCCGCCCCCACAACCCCUGGCUUAG